GUUUUCCACAACAAUCGUGAUUAGGUUUACUGAAGAGUGUGGCCUCAACGGUUGAGAAAGGAACAUUCUCUCACCCAAUCAACAAAAUAUUCCAAGAAAAUAAGUUUUUUUUUAAUUAUUUCAUUUCAACUUGAAUCUCACCAACCUCUCUGAUUCAGUGAUUCAUUCUCACCAAAUGCUUCAUUUCUAACAUCUGCAGGCACACAGUAAAAUCCAUGCACCCUCACAUCACACCCUCUGAUCCUAAAAUCUAGCACCUUGAUCCUCUUAUGGGUAUUUAACAAAUUAACUGUUUUCUUCACUGGAUUUGGAAAACAGGUUGUUUGUUGAUUCCAUGGAAGGGUUGGUGAGUUCCGGGAUCAACACGGUUCGUGUUUUUGGUGUUGGAAAGCACCAUUCUCGUUUUCUUCCUUCAUCAACGUUGCAUCUGAGGAAUAGUGUGUGUGGAAUUGGAAUUGGAAUUGGGGUUGUGAAGAAGAGUAAGAAGAAGCAGUGUGUCGUUGUGGCUGCUUCUGUUGGGGGCUCCAAAGUGGGCCAUUUUGAGAACACACUCCCUUCCAAAGAGGUUCUUGAGCUUUGGAGAAAUGGGGAUGCUGUGUGCUUUGAUGUGGAUAGCACUGUGUGUCUGGAUGAAGGGAUUGAUGAGCUUGCUGAGUUUUGUGGGGCUGGAAAGGCUGUUGCUGAAUGGACUGCUAGAGCGAUGGGUGGUUCUGUUCCAUUUGAGGAAGCCUUGGCUGCUAGGCUGUCUUUGUUCAAUCCCUCUUUGUCUCAACUUCAGAAUUUUCUUGAGCAAAAGCCACCAAGGCUUUCCCCAGGCAUUGAAGAGUUAGUCCAGAAGUUGAAGGCUAAUGACAUGGCUGUUUAUCUGAUCUCUGGUGGCUUCCGUCAAAUGAUCAAUCCUGUUGCAUCAAUACUUGGGAUUCCACAAGAGAAUAUUUUUGCCAAUCAACUACUUUUUGGUAGCUCUGGAGAGUUUCUGGGGUUCGAUAAAAAUGAGCCUACUUCAAGGAGUGGAGGAAAAGCUGUUGCUGUCCAACAAAUCAAGAAGGCGCAUGGUUUCAAAACUUUAACUAUGGUGGGAGAUGGUGCUACUGAUUUUGAGGCUCGUAGACCAGGUGGUGCUGACUUGUUCGUCUGCUAUGCGGGUGUUCAACUUCGAGAAUCUGUUGCUACAAAAGCUGAUUGGCUAGUUUUCAAUUUUAAGGACCUCAUAAAUUCCUUGGGGUAACAUUUUUUUUUUCUUUUUUCAUUUUGUUUUCUUCUGAGCCGGCUUGAGAAGUUUCUUAUAUUAAGGGGAUGUGAAUGUAACCACCAUCUCACUUUUUAAAAUUUUUGGACUUAUGUUUUAUUGAUUUAUUUGGUGUAUAAAAAAAUAUUAGUAUGAGGAUUCUCUUUCAGUUGUUUUCAACUUUGGAGAACCCCGAUUGGAUGGAUUAUACAAGAGUGAGAAAUCGAAUAAAUGUACAUUUGGUGCCUUUUCUUACUAAUAAUUGCCAUCUAGCUUUUUUCUUGGUAAA